AAAAUUAAGUGCCCCUGCAGGAAGGUUAGAUACAUGUGUGAAGGGAGAAGUGCAGUUAUGGGGGCCUUUCCUUUCAAGUCAUUGUUCUUUUGUGUCUAUCUGAUCUUGAGUUCUUUCUUCUUCCGUGAGUCUUCCCAUCUUCCUUUGCCUUGUAAAUUACGUGGGCAGUUUAAUCUUAAUGGCAUACACAAACCUGGUGAUGUAAUCCUGGGUGGGCUGUUUGAAGUCCACUACACUUCUGUCUUCCCUGAGUUGACAUUUACUUCGGAGCCACAUCAGCCCACCUGCCAAGGCUUUGACCCUCCAGGGUUCAGGCAUGCCAUGACCAUGGCCUUUGCUAUUGAUGAGAUCAACAAAAACUCAAAUCUGUUACCUAAUGUGACCCUGGGAUACAAUCUUUAUGACAACUGUGCUACACUUGGCAUUGGGUUCAGUGCUGCAUUGUCAUUGGCAAGUGGUCGAGAGGAGCAGUUUGUGCUUCAGGAGAACUGUUUGGGGACCCCUCCUGUUAUAGGAAUUGUGGGUGAUCCCUUUUCAACAUUUUCUAUUGCCGCCUCCAAUGUUCUAGGUUUAUUUAAACUGCCAAUUGUGAGUUAUUUUGCUACAUGUUCCUGCCUGAGUGAUCAGAAAAGGUUUCCGUCCUUCUUCAGAACGAUUCCAAGUGAUGCUUUUCAGGUACGGGCUAUGAUUCACAUUCUAAAACACUUUGGCUGGACUUGGGUGGGCCUGUUGAUCAGUGAUGAUGACUACGGACGCCAUGCUGCCCAAUCCUUCCAUACUGACCUGACUCAAUCUGGUGGAGGUUGUUUGGCUUACUCAGAGGUUUUGCCUUGGGGCAACAAUCCAAAUGAAUAUAAGAGGAUUGUGGAUGUGAUGAUAAAAUCUACAGCUCGUGUGGUCAUUGUGUUCGCACAUCAGAUGCACAUGAUUCAACUUAUGGAAGAGGUGGUGAAGCAGAAUGUGACUGGCCUACAGUGGAUUGCCAGUGAAGCUUGGACUUUGGUUGACGGACUUCACACACCUACCUUCAUGCCGUACCUUGGUGGCACACUAGGCAUUGCCAUCCGUCAUGGAAAAAUACCAGGACUUGGUGACUUCCUGCUGAGAAUUAAGCCUGACAAGCACCACAACAGAGACAAUGAAAAUAGCAUAGAUAAACAGUUUUGGGAAUACACAUUUCAGUGUAAAUUUCCACCACCUCCUGCAGGUUGGGUGGAAAGUGGAGGAACAUUAUGCACUGGGCAGGAAGACCUAAAGAAUGUUCAGACUGAGUUUUUGGACACAUCAGAACUCAGGCCAGAGUACAAUGUUUACAAGGCUGUGUAUGCACUGGCAUAUGCACUCGAUGACAUGCUGCGUUGUGUGCCAGGGAGAGGACCUUUCAAUGGGCACAGCUGUGCCACUCUGCAAAGACUGGAACCAUGGCAGCUUAUGUAUUAUUUGAAAAAAGUCAACUUCACCACAUCGUUUGGUGAUCAAGUAUCCUUUGACGAGAAUGGUGAUGCCUUACCAAUAUAUGAUAUUAUGAACUGGCUGUGGCUCCCUGAUGGAAGAAUUCAAGUUCAGAAUGUGGGUGAGGUAAAAAAGUCAGUGCCCACAGGUGAAGAGCUCAUAAUUGAUGAAGACAAAAUCUUCUGGAACAUUGAUCUGAAAGAGCCACCCAGGUCAGUUUGUAGUGAGAGCUGCGCCCCAGGUACCCGAGUGGCCAGGAAAAAAGGACAACCUGCAUGUUGUUAUGACUGCAUUCCUUGUUCAGAGGGAAAGAUAAGCAAUCAAACAGAUUCCGUGGAGUGCACCAAUUGUCCAGAGGACUUCUGGUCCGGUCCUCAGCAUGACCAGUGUGUUCCUAAGAAAACAGAGUUUCUCUCUUAUCAUGAGCCUCUGGGUAUCUGUUUGACAACCGCCUCACUGUUGGGUACAUGUAUAUGUUCUGUUGUCCUGGGCAUCUUUAUCUAUCAUCACAGCACGCCAAUAGUACGAGCCAACAACUCAGAACUGAGCUUUCUGCUCUUGGUAUCACUUAAGUUAUGUUUCCUGUGUUCACUGCUGUUUAUUGGUCGUCCCAGACUGUGGACAUGCCAGCUGAGACAUGCAGCAUUUGGGAUCAGCUUUGUGCUUUCUGUCUCAUGUAUUUUGGUAAAAACCAUGGUGGUUCUGGCUGUGUUUAAAGCCUCCAAACCAGGAGGUGGAGCCAUUUUGAAGUGGUUUGGUUCUAUGCAGCAGAGAGGAACAGUCAUGGUUCUUACUUCUAUUCAGGCAGCAAUCUGCACAGCUUGGCUUGUGUCUGCCUCACCAACUCCCCAUAAAAACACUCACUAUCACAAUGACAAAAUAGUUUAUGAAUGUGUAGUUGGGUCUACAAUUGGUUUUGGAGUUUUACUUGGCUAUAUUGGUUUACUGGCCAUCCUCAGCUUCCUGUUAGCAUUUCUGGCAAGAAAUCUCCCAGACAAUUUUAAUGAGGCCAAGCUCAUCACUUUCAGCAUGCUGAUCUUCUGUGCUGUGUGGGUGGCCUUUGUCCCUGCUUAUGUCAACUCUCCAGGCAAAUAUGCAGAUGCAGUGGAGGUAUUUGCCAUCCUGGCCUCCAGUUUUGGCCUCCUGGUAGCACUGUUUGGACCCAAAUGUUACAUAAUCCUGCUGAGACCAGAGAGGAACACAAAGAAAGCUAUCAUGGGCCGAGGAACCACCAACUCAUAAGAGCAACAUUUAUAGUAAAAUGAACUAGUCUGGACCAACAUGUAUUUCGCAUUUUUUUCAGGUGUGAUCCUUCCAUGAAAUGGCUAAUACAUAACAAAUAAAUAACCUGCUUUUGUACUUUAGAGAUGUUUUUAUUUUAAAGACUAAACCUAGAAUCAACUAGAAGAAUUGGAAGAAAUAAAAUAAUUUUUGUGUGAAAAAGAUUUUGACUAUUUCUUUGUUUUGAUCACAGUCUGCAGGAUA